GUCCGAGAGAACGCGACCCUAACACUAACAUCCGGUGUAUACCGAGAGAGAGAACGAGCGAGAGAGACGAGAGUCGGAAACGGAAACGACUGAACUGCCUGAUCGUUGCCAGCAGAAUAAUCGACGCGCUAACAUGAAGAUCGUCCUGGUGCUCCUCGUUGUCGCGGCCUUUGCCUCAGCCCAGAGAAUCACAACGAUCCAGCUGGAUGGCAUACAGUACUUCGUGUCGCGAAUGAAUCCCUACAGUCCGGAGCUAAACUACUUCCUGGCGUACCAGUACUGCCGUUCGCUGGGCCUCCAAUUGGCAUCUUUCGAGACGAAAGAGAAGGCCGACACGAUGACGCAAUACCUGAAGAACGCCGGCUACACGAAAUACGACUUCUGGACCUCCGGCAACAAGCUAGGCACCGACAUGUUUCUGUGGAUGAGCACGGGACUGCCGUUUAACGUCACCUUCGACUACAUGCUGAAGCGACCUGGCAACAGACCCGCCGACGUGCCACCCGGUACCGAGCCUCAGAGGGUGGCGCGUGAAAGCGGCGACAGCGGCAGCGCGGACGGAUGCGUCGCGAUGAUGGCACCUACGUUAGCCUGGGAGGCGCAGGACUGCACCCUCAUAAAGGACUUUAUCUGCGAGCAAACAAGAUGCUACUACUACAACUACGGCAGCAUUCCAGUCUCCGCGACUCAGGGAAACCACCGGCCCUACAUCACGACCACCUCGGCGCCAGCCAGCGACGACCCAGCGAGUGAUCACGAAAUCCACAGCACCAACAUCGACGAUCACCAUCCGAGCACCGACGUCCAGGACGAACACGCGACACCAUCGGAAACGGACGCGUCCGCGGAUGAGAAGCUACUAGAAGAUCCGGUCGUCAGCAGGCUGAUCACCACAGCCGCUCCCGCACCUGGCAAUCAACAUCAGCAGCACGCGAACACGGCGUCGGCGUUCGACGACGGUCGCGAACGCGAGCGCUCGGCUGUCGGCAACCUGGACAACAGCAGACCGGAACACAUCCCGGAUAUCGCGAGUCUGUUCACCGAGCACGCUGCUGUAGCGUCCCAAGCGCGCAAGGACAGCGUGUUCGCCGGUCUCGAGACCCGCGAGAUCCUGCGACCAUCGGCGUCCCGUCCCGCCAUCUCGUCCUCCUCCUCUUCCGUUUCCUCGUCGGAGAUGAGGAUGGAGCAUCGCGAGUCACCCGACUACGGCGACCUGGCCGCGGAGACGGAGCUGCCGAACAACGGCCUGGAGGACUCGCACACGAUCGGGCCGUACGACAGCGUGCAGGAUUACGUGAACGAUCAGCCGGCGGACGUGGCGUCGGCGGCGGACUCGGCGAUGAUGAAGGACCAGGACGACGACAGCAGCACGAUCCUGCCAGAGGCGGAACCGGCCUACAGGUACAACAUCAAAGUGCGCACCAACGGCAAAGUAUUAGACCCUCCGUCCAAGUAACGCUUUACUUCCCCCUAGGCAACCGUCGCGUUAUUUCGUUCAUAAGUGACACACUGGUAAGAAACACCCACAUACACAUACACACACACACGUGCCAACACUCAUACACCGACACACUCUCUCUUGAGGAACUAGAUAUAUGUACGUAUAUCGCACGAGUGCGUUUCGCGAGCGAGCUGUCGCCUUUGCGCCGGAUUUCGACAGGUCGCUGCAGAUCUUUGUACUCGCCGGUGUUUCUAGCUCUUAACUUAAAGCGUACCCGGUACAAUGCUCGAUAGUUACGAAUCAGAGGGACACGAUUACCAGCUUUCUCGGUCGGCGGCAGGCAGAGACGAUUACUUCGGAUCGUUAGAAUUAAUCGGUGCUCAUACGAGAAACGAAUGCGAACGAGUAACAACACCGCGGCUGAAAGAGACCAAACAAACGAUAUCAUCAUAUAUGGAACAGAGAGGCCGAGAGGUGUCAAUUCAAACAGACGAAUUAUUUUCUCCUGCCGACGUUACUCGACAAGCUGUAUAAUUUCGCAAGGGCAUUUACUCGAUUAUUCAGUCCUCAUUCACGAUCACCGACGGCGUCGACGGACGAUCCUUGUCAUCGUUUCAUUCAAUUAUUUCGAUCCCGCUAUUUCCAAGUGGUCCGAAAUUCGAAAUAUACGAGAAAAUGUCGAAUAAUAGACGAAAUUGUGCGCACCGAAAGCCCCAGGAUCAUUAUCAGACUGCAUGUCCGCCGGCGUCUUGUAACUUCAUGCGUAAGGAAUGCGAAAGUAAUCUCCUCCCAUCAUCAUAACGUUUACGUGUCCAUACGUCUGCAAGACGAAACGUUCGAAACGAUUGCCGGCAUUCUUGGUUGCACGAUGGACGUUUAACAGGACACCGCGAGCAUCGGCCGUAACGUUUCGGUCAUCCAGACGUAUGGCGAUCUCGGCGUACGUAGUUUUUAUCAACGUGAAAUGUCGCUCUCUAGCUGCUACGAUAAGUCACUUCCACAUUAAUUAAUUCUGCGUACAACGGCGCGAAUGUGCGACUUGUGUAACUGAACUUUAAUAAAGGUACGACUACAAUCUUACGGUA